AUGGAGGUAAAAUCACUAACAAAACUAGCCUUGUUCUUCAAUGUUGUUUCCUACGACAUCAAUUUCGCCAAGUUUCUUGCAAAAAUUGAGGUAUUUUUCGGGCUUUUUUUGUUGUUUAUUUCCGCCUUAUGGAAAGUUGUGACCCUUGACUUUAAGUCCGCCUCGUCGAAAAAAUGUGUUUACAAUGAGGAUAAUAGGAAGUCCAGAGUUGGGAAAGAAGAUAUUAGCAUAGUGAUGUGCAGACUAGGAAUUUCAGGGGAUUUAGAUAACGAGAUUAUCGGUGAGUUUGAUAGUGUUGAGGAUGUGUUAUUACUGAUGGAUGGUAAUGCUGGUGAGGAGGAGGAUUGUGUAAUAUCUUUCGAAGAUGUGAGAGAUGCUUUCGAUGUUUUUGACAGCAAUAAAGAUGGUUUCAUCGAUGAAACGGAGCUGCAGAGGGUUCUGAAUGCUCUGGGCAUUCAGCAAGAAGACUCGACAUUGGUUCAAUGCAGAAGGAUGAUCAACAAGUUUGAUGAGAAUGGGGAUGGAUUCAUUGAUUUUGAUGAAUUUGUUGCAUUGAUUAACAACUGUUUCUAA